AUGGGGAACUGUUGCAGAUCUCCCGCAGCUGUAGCUCGAGAAGACGUGAAAUCAAACUACUCCGGCCACGAUCACCCCCGCAAAGACUCCACCAACGGCAAAAAAUCAGCUCCGAUUCGAGUCCUCACGGACGUCCCCAAGGAGAACAUCGAGGACCGGUACUUGCUCGACCGAGAGCUCGGACGCGGCGAGUUCGGCGUCACCUACCUCUGCAUCGAGAGAGCCACGCGCGACCUCCUCGCGUGCAAGUCGAUCUCGAAGAGGAAGCUCAGGACCGCCGUGGAUAUCGAGGACGUGAAGAGAGAAGUGGCGAUUAUGAAGCAUCUGCCUAAGAGCUCGAGCAUCGUUACUCUCAAGGAGGCUUGUGAGGACGAUAGCGCUGUGCAUUUGGUGAUGGAGCUUUGUGAAGGUGGUGAGCUCUUUGAUCGGAUUGUGGCGAGGGGCCAUUACACGGAGCGCGCUGCCGCGGGGGUUACGAAGACGAUCGUUGAGGUUGUGCAGUUGUGUCAUAAGCAUGGGGUGAUUCAUAGAGAUUUGAAGCCGGAUAAUUUUUUGUUUGCUAAUAAGAAGGAGAACUCGCCGCUUAAGGCUAUUGACUUUGGAUUGUCGAUUUUCUUCAAGCCAGGUGAGAAGUUCUCGGAGAUAGUUGGGAGUCCAUAUUACAUGGCACCUGAGGUGCUAAAGCGGAGCUAUGGACCCGAAAUAGAUAUUUGGAGUGCUGGAGUCAUUCUUUAUAUCCUGCUCUGUGGAGUUCCUCCAUUCUGGGCAGAGUCGGAACAGGGAGUUGCUCAGGCUAUUUUACGUGGGAUAAUUGAUUUUAAGAGAGAACCGUGGCCAAACAUUUCGGAGACUGCUAAGAGUCUUGUCAGACAAAUGUUAGAGCCUGAUCCAAAGCGCCGCCUGACUGCAAAGCAAGUGCUUGAGCACCCGUGGAUUCAAAACGCCAAGAAAGCUCCAAAUGUCCCUCUUGGAGAUGUUGUCAAGUCCAGAUUAAAGCAAUUUUCAGUGAUGAACAGAUUCAAGAGAAAAGCUCUGAGGGUUAUUGCCGAAUUCUUAUCUUCCCAAGAAGUAGAAGACAUCAAAGAGAUGUUCAACAAGAUGGAUACUGAUAAAGAUGGUAUUGUUACCAUCGAGGAGUUGAAAGCUGGACUUCGAGAUUUUGGUACACAGCUAGCUGAAUCAGAAGUUCAGAUGCUUAUUGAAGCGGUGGAUACUAAAGGGAAAGGAACACUAGACUAUGGAGAAUUUGUUGCAGUCUCGCUCCACCUGCAAAAGGUAGCAAAUGAUGAGCAUCUCCGGAAAGCAUUCUCCUACUUUGACAAAGAUGGAAAUGGAUACAUUUUACCCGAGGAGCUUUGUGAGGCCUUAAAGGAAGAUGGAGGGGAUGACUGUGUGGAUGUCGCCAAUGAUAUAUUCCAAGAAGUUGACACGGACAAGGAUGGGAGAAUAAGCUACGAAGAGUUUGCGGCAAUGAUGAAAACAGGAACGGAUUGGAGAAAGGCAUCUCGUCAUUACUCGAGAGGGAGAUUCAAUAGCCUAAGCAUCAAACUAAUGAAGGACGGAUCUUUGAACCUAGGCAACGAAUAG